AGACCAAGAAGUCUGUCUCCUUCUGUGGAUGAAAGCCAUCCCUUACUGACUGUACACAUAGAGCAGUUACCCUGGGUCAGAGUUGAGGCACUUGGUGCAGCAGGGAUUUCACAGAAUCCCUUCAGUAGACUGGGUAAUGGCUCCUACAAGUGUGUUAAGUGCAGCAAGCUGUUUUCAACACCUCAUGGGUUAGAGGUACAUGUGAGAAGAUCCCACAGUGGCACAAGACCAUUUGCCUGUGAAAUCUAUGAGAAGACCGUUGGCCAUGCAGUGAGCUUGGAGCAGCACAAAGCAGUCCAUUCUCAGGUAAACACGAAUUCAAACUUGUUUAGUGCAAGAGGUUCAGCCAUCCAUUCAUUAGAGAGAAGCUUUGAUUGCAAAAUGUGUAGUAAUAGUUUUAAACGUUCCUCCACCUUGUCCACUCAUUUAUUAAUUCAUUCUGAUACACGCCCCUAUCCGUGCCAAUACUGUGGCAAACGUUUUCAUCAGAAGUCAGACAUGAAGAAGCACACUUUGGUCCAUACAGGUGAGAAACCUCAGAAGUGUCAAGUGUGUGGGAAAGCCUUCAGCCAAAGUUCUAAUCUCAUCACCCACAGCCGUAAGCAUACAAGAUUUAAGCCUUUUGGGUGUGACCUCUGUGGAAAAAGCUUCCAACGAAAAGUGGACUUGAGAAGACAUAAGGAAACACAACAUGUCCUAAAAUAA